UUCAUGUAAACAAACAUGAUGGCCGCCCUAGCUUGGACAAAAUUACAAAGUGUUCACAGAUAUUUUGGGCACAAUAACUUACUUAAAGCUUGUUUUCGAUAUUCUCAAAAGCAUGAGGAUUUAUGUAUACUUAGUAAAUGUAACAAUCGCAUUAUUCAACCUGUCAAUGUAUUUUACACGAGAAGAAGUACUGUGAGAUAUGGUGCCGGUACCAUAGACUCGCGCAAUUAUUCAACAUCAGCCUCAAGGAAACGUCAGCUGGUAUUGGGCAUUGAGACAAGCUGUGAUGAUACAGGUGCAUCUGUGGUUGAUGAUCAAGGAGUAGUGCUUGGUGAAGCAUUAAACACUCAGCAGAAAGUACAUUUAAUGCAUGGUGGAAUUAUUCCUCCAGUAGCCUGCCGUUUGCAUGCAGAGAAUAUUGAAGAGGUUGUCAACACUUCCUUGAAGAGAUCAGGAGUCUCACUGGAAGAAAUAGAUGCAGUUGCUGUUACAGUUAAACCAGGGCUGCCCCUUUCACUUAGUGUUGGUACUGAAUAUGGGAAACAGCUAGCACUGAAUGCUAGAAAACCAUUUAUACCAAUUCACCAUAUGGAAGCACAUGCUCUUACUGUCCGUAUGGUAGAACAGAUUGAAUUCCCAUUUCUGGUUUUGUUAGUGUCAGGAGGCCAUAGUUUGUUGGUGUUGGCUCAUAGUGUUGACAGGUGGUCAAUUAUUGGGCAAAGUAUUGAUGAUGCACCUGGAGAAGCACUUGAUAAGGGUGCUCGUCGGCUGAAGUUGCGCAACAUUCCAGAGUGCUCAUCCAUGUCUGGUGGUCAAGCUAUUGAGCAUUUGGCUAAAGAAGGAAAUCCCCGAGCCUAUGAUUUUCCAACACCAAUGUGGAAGUAUAGGGACUGUACCUUCAGCUUUGCAGGUCUAAAACACGCACUGUUGAAACUGAUCACAAAGUUAGAGGAGGAGUUUGAGGUUGAGGGUGGUAAUAUAAUUCCACCUAUCAGAGAUGUAUGUGCAUCAUAUCAGUAUGCUAUAACCAAACAUCUAGUCCGGCAGACUCAAAGAGCUAUGGUUUACAACGACAUACGUGGUUUGCUUCCUAAGGAGAAUUUGAAACUGGUAUAUGUCCUAUUGGAGUGGAUUUGACGGAAGAUGUUCGUAGUCUGGGAAUCAAAAUUCAGAAAUGGGUCAAAUUUAGAUGAUGCUAAUAGAAUAUUGUAAUUUGUUAUUCUUUUCCAUAGUAUGUUAAAAGAAAUAGAAAGUUCAUUUUAAAGAGCAAGAUAAAAGGAAUAUUGAUACUAACUGUUUUGUAUUUUCUGAGGUAGAUAAUGAGAAUUAACUAUAAACUUCACAUUUAAGUCAAACCAGAUUUUGUGGUGUUUUUGCUGUUUAUAAUGAAAAUGAAUUGUUUUAAAUA